AUGAAAAGAAGCCUCUCCUCAGUUUUAGUGUAUUUCUAUCCUCUGGCUGGUCGGUUGAAGAAAGGAGAAUCUGGCAGGAUGGAGGUUGAUUGCAACGAUGAAGGCGCGGAAUUUAGGGAGGCAUCAAUUAACAUACCCUUCAAAGAUAUAGAAAAAGAUGGGUUUUGCCGUAAAUCCUUCUUCCCAAAGCUUGUCCACGACAUCAAUCUUUCUGUGAAUGAAAACUACAGUAGACCGCUUCUGUUAAUACAGGUUACGGCUUUUGAGGGAGGCGGGAUAUGCAUCGGAACCACCUUUCAUCACGUUAUAAAAGAUGAAAAUUCAUAUUGGCAUUUCAUGACAUCGUGGGCAGAGUGUAGCAGAGGUCUCCCCCUUGCCAAACCUCCUCAGCACGCCAGAGCAGUUUUCAAACGAGAUAAGAAGAAUCCCAUGUCGAUUUCUUACAAAGCCCUUGAGAUAAUAAGCCAGGGGAUUACAGGGGCCAAGAUUUUCAAGUUUGUAUCUGAUAGUUCAUCGUCAUACCACAUGAAAACAUGUGGUAGCGCGAAUGUGGAAAAGCCCAACGAGCUUCUCCAGAAAUGGGUGGAUCCCAAAAUGAAAACGGAGGUGAUAUACUCGACAUUUUGCUUUACAGAUGAUAUGAUACAAGAAUUGAAACAACGAAGCGGGGCUUCGAGUUCUUUCGUUGCAGUGGCCGCACAAUUUUCGAGAUGUGUAAUGAGAGCUCGCGAGGUGUCGCUGGAAGAAGCCGUUUAUUUCGUAUUGCUGGGUGAUUGCAGGGGUCGUGUUAAACCUCCUCUUCCUCCAACUUAUUUUGGAAAUUGCUUAUCUCUUGGUUUGGCGCAGACAACAGCCAAAGCACUGAUCAAUUCCGACAUUUCCUUCGCUGCAGAUAUUAUCCAGCAACUCAUCCAUUCCUGCACUUCGGAAGCCCAGAUUAAUUAUCUGAUCGAUUGGGCAGAAUCUCCAGGCGGAAAUUGUUUAAGUUUAGUUAAAGAAGCCGGGUGGGAAUACGGGACGAAUGCAGUAAGUUCUCCAAGAUUUCCAUUGUACGAAAUUGAUUUUGGAUGGGGGAAGCCUGCGGACGUCCAGGUUGCAACAAUGAACGAAAUUGGAAUCAUGCUUUUGUCAUGUGCAAAGGAUGGAGGAAAAAGCAUUCUUGUCUCCACUUGCCUUCCUCAGCACCAGAUGGAAGUCUUGCAUCAUCUUCUCACCGUUUCAGUUGAAUAA